AAAAAUCAUGGUAGUUCUAUAACAGCUGAUUGUGACAUAUAAGAUAUAAUAACCUAUAACCUCUUUUUAAUAAUAAUAAUAAUAUAUAUUAUUAAUAUGAGUUAGAACGAGAUCUUUUAUAUUAAUAGGAAAUAAGAGUUUGAAAUACCAAAUUAUGACGACAUGCAAUUUUUAAAAGGCACACAUGUGUUACAUAUUCAAAAUAUUAAGUGUAGCCUUAGACAGUUUAGUACUUCUACUAGGGAAAAAGUUUACAAUGCAAGAAAAUUAAUAGGAUUCGCAAAUCAAGAUAUUUUUGAAGUAAUAGCUGAUGUAAGAAACUAUGAAAAUUUUUUACCAUUUUGUACUAAAUCUACAGUUCUAAAAGCUGAAUCUACAAAACUUCAUGCCAAUUUAGAAAUUGGCUUUCCUCCGAUUGUUGAAAACUAUACUUCUAUAGUUGCAUUAGACAAACCAAAUAUGGUACAAGCAAAAUGUUUUGAUGGUAGACUUUUUGACUAUUUAGAAACUACUUGGACAUUUUAUCCUGGCCUGUAUAGCAAUCCCAAGACAUGUAUAAUAGAUUUUUCUAUAAAAUUUAGAUUCAAAUCUGUGCUGUACUCUCACAUUGCAUCCAUAUUCUUUGAUAGGUUGGUACAACAAAUGGAAAAUGCUUUUUUAAAUGAAACAGCCAAGAGGUAUGGAAAGCCAUCAGUACCGAUUUACAAACUGUCUCCCAAUAGUUGACAUUUAGAUGUGAUUUUAAAUUAUUGUUAUUUAUUGUUAACCUGGUUACCUCAAAAAUGUAAAUAAAUUUUUUUAAAUUAAAAUUUGAAGUUUA